AUGGGACCCCACGUCAAGACGGCCCAGAUUCCUGAGCACGGCACCGUGCUGGACAUUGGCGGCGGCAGCAUGUCCUCCAACGUCCUGGACGACCUGCGCGCCGUCUUCCGCAUGGCGGCCCGCAAGGGCGACGCCAAGCAGUACCCUACCAUGCCCGACGAGCUCCUGUACACCGACGAGGGCCUCGCGAUCUGGGCCAAGAUCAUCUUCACAAAGGAGAACUACCAGACCCGCGACGAGAUCCAGCUCUUCAAGGAGAACAGCGCCGAGAUUGCCGUCGGCAUCCCCGAGGGCGCCGUCAUGGUUGACCUGGGUGCUGGCGACAUGCGCAAAGUCAACUACCUCCUCGACCAGCUCAAGGCCAUGGGCCGCCCGGCCACGUAUCUCGCCCUCGACAUCUCGGAGCGGUCGCUGCGGUCCAACCUCGACCUCCUCUCGCCCGCCCACGCCGGCGGCAGCGUCAGGAUGGCAGGCCUCUGGGGCGACUUCGCGGCCGGCCUGGACUACAGCGACGCCCUGCCCGCCGACGCCCCGCGCGUCUUCCUGUCGCUGGGCUCCGUCCUCUUCAACGACCCCUGGGCCAAGGCCGUCGCCUCCCUCCGCGAGUGGUCCACCAUCAUGCGCCCCGACGACCUCAUCCUCGCCGGCAUGGACGGCCACGACGUUACCUCCCCCAAGGUCUGGGACGCCUACCACGCCCACCCGGACCUCUUUGAGACGUUCUUCCACAAGGGCCUCGAGCGGGCCAACGCGCUCCUCGGCGAGGCCGUCUUCAAGGCGCAGGACUGGGAUAUUUGCGGCGAGAUCGAGGAGGACGAGGGGCGCCACCGCUUCUUCCUCAAGGCGAACCGCGACGUCGCCGUCUCGGCGGCCGCCACGGGGGGCGACGCGGGGCUGGUCCUGCAGCAGGGCACCGAGAUCGACUGGUUCGACGCGCACAAGCGCCCGCAGUGGAUGGUCAGGGAGAUGUGCGCGGCGGCCGGGCUGGAGAUUGUCAAGUCGUGGGCGAUUGAGGGCUCCGAGAUGCGCCAGUACCUCAUCCGCCUGGACACGGGCGCCGAGCAGUCGUCUGACAGUGAUGAUAGUGCCAUCAGUGUCAGCGGUGUUUAG